GUCAGGGAUCUCAGUCGUGAAAAGUGUCAUCGGACUGCAACGAGGCUCCUGCAACCCCUGCUGUCAUGAAACCUCUCCUGCUCGUGCUCGCUGCGUCCUACCUGCAGUGUGUGAUGCCCGCCAAACUCAAUGAAACAACCUAUUUGGUGACCGUCAGCUCCCGUCUGACGGCAGGAAACCGGGAGACCCUGUGCGCUCUGAUCCAAACCCCCACAGAGCCCGUCACCUUGACCAUCACCUUGGAUCUGGACUCUUCCAGUACCAAGAUCGGGGAGCUGUCUUUAAAGAGUGAAACCUACCGAUGCUUCCAGUUUAUGGUCCCUAUGGUGUCCAGUGCAACUGUGGCAUCCAUCAGUGUGAAGAUUCAGGGUAGGGUAGACUCCCUGAACCAGGACACCAAAGUCCUGAUUGAACCUCCGGCCUUCAUCCACAUCGUCCAGACAGACAAACCCAUCUACAAACCUGGACAGACCGUUCAGUUUCGGAUCGUCUCCAUGGAUACCAACUUCAUUCCCGUCAACCGCAUGUAUAAAGAAGUGACAAUUGAGGAUCCCAACACCAACCGCAUCGCUCAAUGGUUGGACAAGUCCAUUAAAGGAGGCAUUCUUGACCUUUCCCACCCCACCAUUCCUGAAGCUGCUCAAGGAAUCUACACGAUCACUGCGGAGACGGACAAAGGCGAAGCGAUUUCCUACAACUUUGAGAUCAAAGAAUAUGUUUUGCCAAAGUUUGAAGUAACUAUAAACCUGCCCAGUGUGAUCACCAUCCUGGAUGACGAUGUUACGAUGAAAAUCUGUGGAAAAUACACGUAUGGGAAACCAGUCCUGGGCUCAGUCAAAGCCGAAUUUUGCAGACGUACAAGCCCGUUUUUUUGGUUGUCGACUUCCAAACAGAAAGACAUCUGCAAGACAUUCAACCUCUCAACGGACAAAAACGGGUGCGCCACACAAACUAUAGCCUUGGCCGGCUUUGCCAUAAAUGCAUUCAACUAUUUUGACUCGUUUGAGGUGACGGCUGAACUAGAGGAGUCUGGUACAGGUGUCGUUCUUAAAGCCAGUGGAAGCGCCAUCUUCACUUCUCAGGUCAGAACUAUCACUUUUGAGGACGUGUCUUCUUCUUACAAGCCGGGCCUCCCACUUGAAGGAAAGAUCAAAGUGGUUGGUGCAGAUGGCAGCCCCAUUGCAAACCAAGCAGUCUACCUUUAUGUUCAAGACUCACUGACGUUCACCCUCUCUACGGAUCAGAACGGCCUCGCUACGUUUUCUCUGGACACAUCCUCGUGGUCCGAAUCAGUCUCUCUGUCGGCGACCACCAUUAUGAAAGAAAAAAAUGAACAAACGGUUCCUGGAGUUCGGUUUCCUGACUACGGGACGGCCUACCACUAUGUGACAAGAUUUUACUCCAAGAGCAAGAGCUUUGUGGGGUUCAUAGGGGACAGAGUGGAUCUACCGUGUGACAAAGAUGGAUCCCUGCAGGCUCAGUACAUCAUCCAGGGGGAGGAUCUACAGAGAGGGCAAAGGUCUCUUAACUUCUUUUACAUGGUGGAGUCCAAGGGUUCAGUUGUGCAACAGGGCACUGUCCCAGUGGCGGUGAAGCAUAGAACAGUCAAUACAGGAAAGAUAAACAUACCCCUCACCAAGGUGAUGGACCUGGCUCCAGUGGCCCAGGUGGUGGUUUACACCAUGUUGUCAAGUGGAGAAAUUGUGGCCGACAGCCGGGACUUCCCCAUUCAGCUUUGCCUCAAUAACAAGGUAUCAUUGAAGUUCUCAGCUACCCAGGAGCUUCCAGGAGCAAAGACCACGUUGACCCUUCAGGCUCGGUCUGGGUCCCUCUGCUCCGUUAGAGCCAUCGACCAGAGCGUCCUCCUGCUCAAGUCAGAACAGGAGCUCACAACCGACUAUGUCUACAACCAGCUGCCCAUCCAGAAAAUGUGGGGGUACGACUAUCGGGUUGAGGACUUCUCCUUCAACCCCUGCUUUCCUAGACCAUGGCCAAGACCAAUUCCACUGGAGCCCAGAAGUCGUCGUGAUAAGCGUUCACUCAUUUUACCCUUCUCUGAGGGGGAUGACGUCUACACCAUCUUCAAGAACACUGGGAUCAAAAUAAUUACAAACUCUGAUGUGAGAGCACCCAGACCUUGCUUUCUAUUUGAACUUGCAAGACCUGAAGCUCCUGAUGGCAUUAGGCCUGUACCGAUGAAUGAGCCGGCCCCGGCCAGAGAGACGCCGAAAACGGAGACCAUAAGAACAUAUUUCCCUGAAACCUGGAUCUGGGACUUGGUUUCUGUGGGAUCCAGUGGAUCCACCAGUCUGCAGAAGACCGUCCCUGACACCAUCACUAAGUGGGCAGCUGGAGCUUUCUGCGUGUCUCCUGCUGGCUUUGGCGUUGCCCCCAACGUUGGACUAACAGCCUUUCAGCCUUUCUUUGUCAGCCUCACUCUGCCCUACUCCGUGGUCAGAGGCGAGGUGUUCACUCUCAAAGCCACCGUCUUCAACUACCUCCCCAAGUGCAUCAUGGUGAAGGUAACUCUGGCCAACUCUGAUCAGUUCACCUUCAAGAACUGUGACGGCUGCGUCUACAGCAGUGUGUGUCUGUGUGCCGAGGAGAGCAAGACCUUCUCCUGGAUCGUGACUCCAACUGCUCUAGGUGAUGUGAGUCUGAAGGUUAGCGCUGAGGCUGAGAGGAGCAACAAGAGAUGUGGAAAUGAGAAGGUCACAGUCCCUACUGAGGGCCGGAUCGACACUGUGAUUACCAACCUGCUGGUGGAGGCUGAAGGAGUCCCACAGAUGAUCAGCCACAACGCUCUACUGUGUCCUGCAAAAAGACCAGUGAGCAAGAAAAUCUCUCUUGAGCUUCCUGAGAAGUUCGUGACCGGGUCCGAAAGAGCCUCUGUGUCUGUUCUGGGUGAUCUGAUGGGCCGGGCCAUGAAGAACCUGGACAAACUCUUGGCCAUGCCGUACGGCUGUGGAGAACAAAACAUGUUGCUGUUUGCUCCAAACAUCUUUAUUCUGGACUACCUGAAGAGCACCGGACAGCUGAAAGACUCCACUCUGAAGACGGCUGUAGGAUACUUGGAGAGCGGAUAUCAGAGGGAGCUCAACUACAAGCACGAUGAUGGUUCCUACAGCGCUUUUGGAAUGAGCGACGCGUCUGGAAACACCUGGCUUACCACUUUCGUCAUGAAGUCCUUCAAUGCUGCAAAAGCGUACAUCUUUGUGGACCAAAAGUACGUCCAAGAGGCCAGAACUUGGCUGUCUGGACUCCAGAAGCCCGACGGCUGCAUCCAGUCUGUCGGGAAACUCUUCCACAACGGCAUGAAGGGGGGAGUGAGUGAUGACGUGUCCCUGACGGCCUAUGUUGCUGCUGCCAUGCUGGAGCUGGACGGAAAUGCCAGCAAUCCUGUAGUCCAGAAGUGCCUGAAGUGUCUGAAGACUGCAGCGGCAAAUAAAAUCACCAACCUGUACACCGUCGCCCUGAUGUCCUACACCUUCACUCUGGCUGGAGACAAGGAUAUGAGGAGCAAACUCAUCACUCAACUGGACCAAAAGUCCACAAACGAAGGAGGUUCUAUUCACUGGAAGAGAGACGGUGCUUCAGAAACAGACCUGGACUCCGUGGAGGUGGAGAUGACGUCCUAUGUGCUCUUGGCUCUGCUCUCCGGUCCAUCUCUGCCUCGCUUUGGUUUGGAUUACGCCGCCGGUAUCGUGCGUUGGCUCGCUCAGCAGCAGAAUCCGUUUGGCGGUUUCUCCUCCACACAGGACACAGUGGUGGCUCUCCAAGCUCUGGCCAAGUAUGCUAGUGCCACCUACAGUCCGGAGGGCAGUACUACAGUCACAGUGACUUCAGCUGGUGGUCUGAACAAACGCUUCACUGUGAAUAAGGAGAACAGACUUCUUUACCAAGAGGAGAAACUGAGUGAGAUUCCUGGAGAAUACACAAUCAAAGCUGAAGGUCAGAGCUGUGUGCUGGCACAGAUCUCAUUGUUCUACAACAUCCCUCCUCCUUCUGACUUCUCCGCCUUUCAAAUCUCCACUAACACCAGCGGUCGAUGUGACCUUCCCCGACCUGAGUUCAUGCUGUUUGUUCACGUCAAGUUUCAGGGCAGACGAGAGGAAACCAACAUGGUGGUGAUCAACAUUAAGCUGCUGUCUGGUUACAUUCUGCAGGACGACUCUUUGAAAAUGCUGAAGGAAAACCGCUUGGUGAAGCGUGUGGACGUGGAGGAAGGUUUCAUCAACAUCUACCUGGACGAGCUACAAAAUGGUCAGGAGGAGACUUUGGAUGUGACCCUGGAGGAGGAUCAGCCGGUCCAAAACCUUAAACCAGCCGUGGUCAAAGUCUACGAUUACUAUCAGACAAGUGAUCAGGCCGUCACCGACUACAAUUCUCCCUGCAAAAAGUGAAAGCUCUGACAUCCAUCUCUUUGUCAGACAUGAUGGGAAUUGCGACCAGGAAAUACUAGGAAAAGUGAAACCUCAUAGCCAUUUAAUAAUAUCUUGUCCUGUUUUCAUUUUUCUGUUUUAUUAGGCAGUAAAAAUGUUAAAAUCUCGUUUCAGUGAGCAGGAUGUGUAUUUUAAUCUGGGUUGAGGGUCUUAAGAUGUUUCCUAUGCUGUUUGCCAAAGUUGUUUUUCUUCUCACAUGAGGACUCGAUAGUUUUGAUAGGUGAAUAAUUUUGUUGUUUUGUGACCCCUUUACAAUACACAGGGAUCAGAACCAGUUGGUGGUUUUUAUUGCAUGUCAUCACAAAGUGUCUGUGAAGUUUCUCAUCAUAAACAUCAAUCUCUGAUUUUCUUUCAAGUUAUUAUUUUUUUUUGGCAGCAGAUUCUACUGUUAAACUUCAUGGGUUUCUUUUGAAUACUUGGAAAUAAAAACUUAUAAGCAAAAA